GAGGCACCCCUCUUUUUUGGACACCUUGUGCAGCACAUGUCCUUGACCUUCUUUUGGAGGACAUAGGAAAACUUGAGUGGGUGACUCCAGUUGUGGAAGAUGCAAGGAGGAUCACCAAAUAUAUCUACAAUCACCCUUGGGUCCUAAAUUUGAUGAGACAACACACGCAAGGGAAAGAUUUGGUGAGAGCUGGUGUCACAAGGUUUGCAACGAUUUUCUUGACGUUGCAAAGCAUUCUUGCUGCAUUGACUUCUUUGAAACAAAUGUUUGUGAGUGGAGAAUGGCUUAACUCACCUUAUUCAAAGAAGCCUGAAGGAGAGGCUGUCGCAUGCAUAGUCUUCGACAACCAAUUUGCACAAAGGGCUGCAGAGAUUGUGAAGGUGUCAGAGCCCUUGGUUCGAGUUCUUCGCUUGGUGGAUGGGGAUAAAACCCCAAUGGGAUAUCUUUAUGAGGCCAUGGAUAGGGCCAAAGAGUCUAUCAAAAAUUACUACAAGGGGGAUAGGCUCAAAUUUGAUCCCAUUUGGGAAAUUGUUGAUAGGAGGUGGAACAAUCAGCUCCACCAACCCAUUCAUGCAGCAGGGUACUUCCUCAACCCUCGUUUUAGGUUCGGGGGUUCUUACUCAGAUUCGAAUGGAGAAGUCAUGGAGGGCCUCAGUACAUGCAUUGAGAGGAUGGUACCUGAUGUUGAGGAGAGAGACCUCAUUGUGAGUGAGCUCCAAAAUUAUGAGGGAGGAAGGGGUAAGCUAUUCUCUUCAGAGCUGGCUAGGAGAGGAAGAACCACUCAAACCCCAGAUGCUUGGUUAAUGACCACCAAAGGAGCACCUUCUACAAAAACACCAUUGAAGUUUGCGAGUAAAGGAGUACAACCGGAAUCUAAGAUCAAAUCUAAAUGGAAGAAUGUCAUAGACACUGACUUUGGACAUGUGGAUUAA